AUAUCAAUAGGAUGUCUCAUAUCAUUAUCUUUAAAAUUUGACAAACUAUUAUGUUUGUAUUAUAAUAAUAUAACUCAGAUUAUCGUUUAUUAGGGUUUGUGUGUUAUAAAUUAAUGUUAGAUCUUACGAGCCAAAAUUUAAACCUAAGUAAUACAUAUAUUUAAUAAAAGUUGAUUUUUGCGUAAUUAUAAGCAAGAGAUAUAACUGUAUUAGAUCAAUACAUGCGAAAUAAAACGAAUUUUUAUCCUUGUAUAAUCAUUUUACUUAAGUAGACGAAUAUGUCCCUUGAAAUAAUUGAGCGUGCAUUAGCUGAAUUUUAUUGUAACCAAAAUGUGGAAGUACACAAGAUGUUAUUGGAAUUUCAAAAUACAACUGAUGCUUGGAAUUUACUAUGGGACAUGUUAGAAAUAUCUAAACCUCGUGAAGUUCAAUUUUUUGGAGCUACCACACUUCAUAUAAAAAUUACAAAACAAUGGUUACAACUCAAGCGCACAGAUUAUGUUCUUCUUAGAGAUAAAAUAAUGGAUACACUUAUAAAAUAUUAUAAUUCUACUGGACCUUCUAAUAUUACCAAUAAAUUAUGUUAUAGUCUAUGCGCAUAUGUAAUACGAACUGUUCCAAAUCAUUGGCCUAAUGCUAUUCCACAGUUGAUGGAGACAUUUCAAAAUUCAUUAUCUCAGUCAACAAUAAAUGUCAGCAUCAUGAUUUUAGAAAUAUUAAUGGCUCUACCUGAAGAAUUUAGUGCUACAACAUUAUCUCAAAUACGGCGCAAUGAAGUUAGAAAAGAACUAGAAAAAUCAUCUUUACAAGUUUUAACCAUUGUGGAUAGUAUACUUCAAAGUGAUAGCGUAGAUUCUAUUGUUGUGUAUGCAUUAAAAUGUGCAGCAUCUUGGUUAGAUGUUGGAUUUGAUCUUAUGAAAUGUCAUCGCUUGACUGAUACUUUUAUAUCUGUUAUUUUCAAUUCUCAAAGAAAUCAAGAGUGUGUUAUUUUAGCAAUAGAUGCUCUAAAAUCCUUAUGUACUCAUCCUAGGACUUCAGUUUGUGAAGCUACAGUUUUUGAAGUUUUAAGUAAAGUAAUAGUUUUAUCUGAAAAAUUAUUCAAUUUAGGAAUAACUGAAGAACCUGAUAUUAUUGUUGAGAAACUUUUUGAUUUGUUCUUGGGUAUUGGGGACCAACAUUUUCGACCUAUUAUUCAAGGUUUAUUAAAUGAAAAUACACGAGAUCUUUGCACCAAAUUUUUAAAUUUAUAUUUAACUUGUACUAAUGCACCCGGCUAUUAUCCUGUAAAUGAAAACUAUAGUGAAAAAACAUUUACAUUCUGGUUUUUAUUACAAGAUGAUUUAUUGUCAAAUGAUGCUGGCCCUGAUAAUACUUUAUUAACAAUUGUUAAACCUCUGUAUGUAUCAUUAACUCAAGUAUUAAUAAAAAAAGUUUCAUUCCCAAAAAAUGUAGAAUCUUGGACUUCAGAUGAAAAAGAAUUAUUUCGAUGCUAUAGACAAGAUAUUUCUGAUACAUUUACUUAUUGUUAUUUCAUUCUACAUGCCGAAAUGUUAGAUGUGUUGUUGUCAAUUUACAAACAGGUUACUUGUGAUGCUGAAACAGCUAUUAAUGAAUGGCAAACUGUUGAGGCAUGUUUGUAUGCAUUUACUGCAAUUGCAGAGCCUCUUCAUAAUCAUGAAGACUAUCCACAUAUUGAACAACUUAUGACAUCUUUGAGCUCUAUACCAUACAAUCAGAUUGAUAAAAAAGCUGCUAUAGCUGCUAUGGAUACUAUUGGUGCCUAUUAUUAUUGGAUGGAAACACACCCAUCAUAUUUAAAUUUGGUAGUUCCUCUUUUAAUGAUGGGACUACAUAAUAGUUAUAUGUUUUCUUCUGCUUCUAUUGCUCUACGGGAUAUUGCUAAAGAAUGUAAGCAGUCAAUAGCUCCAUACAAUGAUAUUAUAAUUAAUACAUCAAUGAUUGUACUAAAGCAAGUUACUAAACUAAAAGAAGAGUUACGUUUGAUAUAUACGAUUGGAGUUAUCCUUUCAUCAAUUCCAUUUCCAGCUUGUAAACAAUCAUUGGAAAUGUUUCUUAACCCAAGUUUAGAAAUUAUGAAGUCAAUUUUAGCUAUUGAGGACAUAAAUGAAUGUAACAAACAUAGACCGGAGUUACAAAAGAGAAUUAAAGUAUUAGGUUCAUUAGUUUCAGCAAUCGAACAAAAAAGUGCUGUCUAUCAUAUUAUAGAAACUACAACUCCAUUACUACAAGUGUUAGCUGCUAAGUGUUUUAUUGUUUGCCCAGAAGAUCUAUUAUACAUAGGUGUUUGUGAAUUUUUUAAAUCUGUGGUUUCAAGACUUCAAGAAGAUUGUUCCAUGGCGUUGAAUAUUAUCAUUGAUAUUUUACUAUGUGGAUUUCAGAAGUCGCCUCAAUCAGCUGGAAUUUUACUCUUUAAAGAAGUUUUAAUCAUGUUUGGAAGACAUGAAGCAUUUGUUCAUAUAAUAAAAUCAACUUAUGAAAAAAUUUGUACAAGAGUUCAGUGUUUUUUUGAACAAAUAUCUUCUGAUCAAGUUGUCAUUGGAGAUAUUUUAGAAUCUUAUUUAUCUCUUCAAGGGCACAUUUUUAGAAAACUUCCAGUUAUUGCAUUUACCAGUUCAAACAUUGAUUUUACAUUCAUUUUUAGAAUAGCUUGUGAAGCUUUGUGUGUUAAUGAAAUAUUUUUAGUAAAAACGGCAACAUUUUUUCUAACAAUAUAUAUUGCCAUGAGUCGAGAAGAAAAAAUGUUUUUCAAAAUUAUUGAAGACAACGGAGAAUUUUUAGUUACAAAAUUAAUGUGUAUUAUUAGGGGUGAUUCUGUGAAAACAAAUUUAGAUCCAAUGUGUGAAGUUCUUUUAAUACUUAACAAAAAAUAUAGUGAACAUUUACGUAGGUGGCUCCAUAAUAUAAUUUUUGUACAAAAUAUUCCACUUCCAAAUGUUACAGACAAAAUAAAAUCAAAUUUUUUAAAAAAUGUCCUGAAAGAAAAAAGUAAUAAAAAAACUUUACAAGAUGCAGUAAAAGAAUUUUCAUUUAUUUGUCGUGGAUUAAUUGAAGUAGAUCUACACUUAGAAAAUUAAGUUUUUUUAACAAUUAAAAAAAAAGGUAAAAACUUAAAAAUUUUUAUUAUAUAUUGCAAUGUACUAUAGUUUUUUUAAAAUUGAUUCAUCAUCUGAUGAUGAUAUAUUGGCAAGAUCUUCAAGAUCUUCAUGUUCUUGUUUUUCUCCUAUACCUGCAUAUGUUUCAAGAAGUUCACGUUUUUUGUACUCCAGUAUUAAAUUUUGAAUAUCUUGAUCAGUUGGAACAGGUGGCGGUUGAAUAUAUCUAGAACUACUGAACAUAGAUGAAAUAUCUUCAUCAUCACUAUCAACUUCCUCAAACGCCUAAAAAUUAAAGUUAUUUUUUACUUUAUAAUUUAAUUUAUACGUUAAUGAAAAAAUACCAUAUCUAUAUCAUUAUUAAGUAACUUUUUUUUUCCUUCUUCUUCCAAAACUAAAAAUAAUAAAAAUGAUUAAUACUACAUACAGAGUAUAUAUAAACGUGUAAAUUACGUUGUUUUUCCUUCUUAGACUCCAUAGCUAAUAAAAGACCAUCUUCUUCAUCCAUGUAGCCAUAAUAAUCAGCAUCAAUAUUUUUCAUUAAUUCAGCUCUAGUUCGACGGGGUGGUGGAGGAGGUUCAUGUUCAAAUAAUUCUCUAACACCAGGUAAAUCUUUUGCAGCACCAAAAUACUUAUAACCCCUAUUACCAGGGACUUCCCUACCUUCAUGAUCAAGCAUCCGUGGU